CGGAGCGGCCCCAUGGCGCUGGCCGAGCUCUACACCCAGUACAACAGGGUUUGGAUCCCUGAUAAUGAAGAAGUUUGGCAGUCUGCAGAAAUCACAAAAAACUACAAACCUGGAGACCAUUUUCUCUAUGUGCAGCUGGAAGAUGGAACUGAGCUGAAUUACCCUGUUGAUCCAGCUGCUUUGCCACCCUUAAGAAAUCCUGACAUACUUGUUGGUGAAAAUGAUCUCACUGCACUUAGUUAUCUGCAUGAACCUGCUGUUCUACACAACCUAAAAGUCCGUUUUGUGGAGUCUAAGCUCAUCUACACCUAUAGUGGAAUAAUUUUGGUUGCAAUAAACCCCUAUAAGCAGUUGCCAAUAUAUGGAGAUGCUAUUAUCCAUGCCUACAGUGGGCAAAACAUGGGGGACAUGGAUCCACAUAUAUUUGCUGUGGCAGAAGAGGCAUACAAGCAAAUGGCAAGAAAUAACAAAAAUCAGUCUAUUAUAGUCAGUGGAGAAUCAGGAGCUGGAAAGACUGUGUCUGCAAGAUACACUAUGAGAUACUUUGCCACUGUGAGUAAGUCAAGCAGCAAUGCACAGGUGGAGGAUAAAGUACUGGCAUCCAAUCCAAUAACUGAGGCUAUUGGCAAUGCAAAAACCACACGGAAUGAUAAUAGCAGUCGGUUUGGAAAAUACAGUGAAAUCAGUUUUGAUCAGAGUUACCAAAUAAUUGGAGCUAACAUGAGAACAUAUCUGCUUGAGAAAUCCAGAGUUGUCUUUCAGUCAGAGAAUGAGAGAAACUACCAUAUAUUUUAUCAGUUGUGUGCAUCUGCCAUGCAACCUGAAUUUAAGCAUCUGAAAUUGGGAAGUGCAGAAGAAUUUAACUACACAAGAAUGGGAGGCAGCACAGUAAUAGAAGGAGUUGACGACAGAGCAAAUAUGGUGGAGACUCAGAAGACAUUUGCCUUACUGGGUCUGAAGGAGGAUUUUCAGAUGGAUGUUUUUAAAAUGCUGGCAGCAAUCCUACACUUAGGCAAUGUGGAAAUAACAGCUGUUGGAGAUGAAAGAUCAUCCAUCAGUGUGAAAGAUGAACAUCUCAGUAUAUUCUGUGAACUUCUGGAUUUAAACUAUGACAAAAUGGUACAAUGGUUGUGCCACCGCAAGAUUAUCACUACAUCAGAGACUGUCAUAAAGCCAAUGACAAGAGCUCAGGCUGUUAAUGCAAGGGAUGCUCUGGCAAAGAAGAUCUAUUCCCAUUUAUUUGACUUUAUUGUGGAAAGAAUUAACCAAGCUUUGCAGUUCCCUGGCAAACAACAUACUUUUAUUGGUGUUUUAGACAUUUAUGGCUUUGAAACGUUUGAUGUGAACAGUUUUGAACAGUUUUGCAUUAAUUAUGCUAAUGAAAAACUGCAACAGCAAUUUAACCUGCAUGUCUUUAAACUUGAACAAGAAGAAUAUAUGAAAGAAGAUAUCCCAUGGACUUUAAUAGAUUUCUAUGACAACCAGCCUGUCAUUGACCUGAUUGAAGCUAAAAUGGGAAUUCUAGAACUUUUGGAUGAAGAGUGCUUGUUGCCUCAUGGAAAAGAUGAAAACUGGCUUCAAAAAUUGUAUAAUAAUUUUGUCAAUAAAAACACACUCUUUGAAAAGCCAAGGAUGUCGAACACAUCGUUCAUCAUUCAGCACUUUGCUGAUAAGGUAGAAUAUAAAAGUGAAGGAUUUCUGGAAAAAAACCGAGAUACAGUACAUGAAGUGUUGGUUGAAAUCUUGAAGGAGAGCAAGUUUCAUCUGUGUGCAAAUUUUUUUCAAGACAAUCCAGUGUCCAUUUCACCUUUCAGUUCAACUAUAAACAUCAAAUCUGCAAGACCUGUUCUCAAGUCACCUAACAAACAGCUCCGAACAACUGUUGGCAGUAAGUUCCGGAGUUCUUUGUCUCUGCUGAUGGUGACCCUCAAUGCCACCACUCCUCAUUACGUACGGUGCAUAAAGCCAAACGAUGAGAAGUUGCCUUUUGAGUUUGAUUCAAAAAGAGUGACUCAGCAACUGCGAGCUUGUGGCGUUCUGGAAACCAUUCGGAUUAGUGCACAGAGCUAUCCAUCCAGGUGGACUUACAUUGAGUUCUUCAGCCGGUACAGCAUUCUGAUGACCCAGCAGGAACUCUCCAUCAAUGAUAAAAAGCAGAUUUGCAAGAUUGUUUUGCAGCGGCUCAUCCAGGAUCACAACCAGUUUCAGUUUGGGAGAACCAAGAUUUUCUUCAGAGCAGGACAGGUUGCCUACUUGGAGAAGCUGCGCUCGGACACGCUGCGCCGCGCGUGCGUCGCCAUCCAGAGGCGCGUGCGGGGCUGGCUGCAGCGCAGGCGCUUCCGCCGCCUCAGGCGCGCGGCCCUGACCAUCCAGCAGUACUUCCGAGGGCAGCGGACUGUGCGGCAAGCAAUAACUGCAAGAACUCUGAAGCAAACGUGGGCAGCCAUCAUUAUUCAGAAAUACUGUCGGGGUUACCUGGUCCGUAAACUUUGCCAGCUCAUCCAUGUGGCUGCUGUAACAAUUCAAGCUUAUGCAAGAGGAUUUCUCGCAAGAAAAAAGUAUCGGAAGAUGCUUGAAGAGCACAAGGCCGUGAUCCUUCAGAAAUACGCCCGUGCCUGGCUCGCCAGGCGCCGCUUUCAGAACAUCCGUCGCUUUGUGUUGAACAUCCAGCUUUCAUACAGGGUUCAGCAGCUGCAGAAAAAGAUAGAAGAAAAGAGCAGAGAAAAUCAUGGCUUGCUUGAACGAUUAACCAGUCUGGCUUCAACUCACGCGAAUGACAUGGAUACAAUUCAGAAACUUGAAUUAGACCUUGAAAAGAUAACUGCUCAAAAGAGAACAUAUGAAGAGAAAGGGAAAAAAUAUAAAGAGGACAGUGAACAGAAAAUCUUAAAACUUGAGAAUCAGAACAAAGAAUUACAAGAACAGAAAGAGACCUUAGAAAUAAGGCUCCAAGAAAUAACUGAGGAAAUGAAAGAGAAAAUGGAUGACCUCACGAAGCAACUCUUCAAUGAUGUACAAAGAGAAGAAAAUCAGAGAAUGAUACUUGAGAAAAAUUUCCAAAAUCAGAAGCAGGACUAUGAAAAGGAGAUUGAAUUGCUCAAGGGAGAAAUUAAGAUUCUGAAAGAAGAAAAAACUCAGCUACAACAUCAAAUUCAGCAGGAAAUUGUCAUUCAGGAUGGCUUGAAAGUGGAAGUAGGACAACUUACAAAACAAGCACAGAAAAUACCUGAGUUGCAAAAGGAAAUUGAACUGCUGCAGACACAGAAACUGGACACUGAAAAGCAGGCCCAGUCACAGAAGCGGGAACUGAGAGAAAAAAUGUCAGAAGUUACAAAACAGCUUCUUGAAAGUUAUGAUUUUGAAGAUGUAAGAAGCAGGCUCUCUGAGGAGCAUUUGGAACACUUAAAUGAGGAUGGAGAACUGUGGUUUGCUUACGAGGGCUUAAAAAAAGCUACAAGAGUAUUGGAAAGUCAUUUCCAGUCUCAGAAAGAAAUAUAUGAAAAGGAGAUUGAAGGUUUGAACUUCAAAGUCGAACAUCUUAGCCAAGAUAUUAAUCAUCUGCAAAAACUAUUUCGAGAGGAAAAUGACAUAAAUGAUGGUAUUCGACUUGAAGUCAGCAGGCUGACCUCAGAAAACCUGGUGAUCCCAGAUCUUAAACAGCAAGUUUCUGAACUUGAAAAUCAAAAAUUAGAGCUGGAAAACCGUCUUCAAGAACAGACUGUAAAAUUAAAAGAGAUGUCAAAUCGGCUGCAUUACGAGCUGGAAGGGGAUAGAACACACAGACUAAAUGAGUCACAGAAUGAAACAGACACAGAAGAAAAAGGGACACUGAGAGUCACAAACCACGAGAUUGAGAGGCUGAGCAAUGGUUUGAUGGAAGAUGAAAUCCAGGAUGAAGUAAAAAGCAAGAUAAAGGAAGAAACUACUCGACUUACUGUGGAAAACAUGGAUCUUGAAGAAAAACUAGACAUGAAAGACAGAAUAAUAAAAAAAUUGGAGGAUCAGAUAAAAACUCUUACCAAGACUAUUGAAAAAACUGAUGCUCACGUGCCAGCUCUGUCCAAAGAGUACAUUGGAAUGAUGGAGUACAAAAAGGAGGAUGAAGAAAGGAUCGUUCAAAAUCUGAUCCUCGAUUUAAAGCCACGUGGAGUUGUAGUCAAUAUGAUACCUGGCCUUCCAGCUCACAUCCUAUUCAUGUGUCUGAGGUAUGCAGAUUAUCUGAAUGAUGCUGACAUGCUGAAAUCUUUCAUGAAUGUAACCAUUGAUGGGAUCAAACAGGUUAUUAAGGAUCAUUCAGAAGACUUUGAGAUGUUGUCCUUCUGGCUUUCCAAUACAUACUAUUUUCUUAACUGUUUGAAGCAGUACAGUGGAGAAGAGGAAUUUAUGAAGUGUAACACUCCACGCCAGAAUAAGAACUGUUUGAAGCAUUUUGAUCUCUCAGAAUACAGACAAAUUCUUAGUGAUUUGGCCAUUCGUAUCUAUCACCAGUUCAUUAAUGUGAUGGAGAACAGCAUUCAGCCCAUGAUUGUACCAGGCAUGCUGGAAUAUGAAAGUCUUCAGGGAAUUUCUGGCUUGAAACCUACAGGGUUCCGUAAACGUUCUUCUAGUAUAGACGACACGGACACCUACACAAUGACCUCCAUCCUGCAACAGCUCAGCUAUUUUUACAGUACUAUGUGCCAGAAUGGCUUGGACUCUGAGCUUCUAAAGCAGGCAGUGAAGCAGCUUUUCUUUCUGAUUGGUGCCAUCACCCUCAACAGUCUCUUCCUCCGCAAGGACAUGUGCUCUUGUAGAAAAGGAAUGCAGAUAAGAUGUAAUAUCAGCUACUUGGAAGAAUGGCUUAAGGACAAGAAUCUUCAAAGCAGCAAUGCCAAAGAAACUUUGGAGCCUCUAUCUCAAGCAGCCUGGCUCCUUCAGGUCAAAAAGAUCACGGAUGAUGAUGCCAAGGAAAUAUGUGAACACUGCACGUCUCUUUCUACUGUGCAGAUAGUUAAGAUCCUCAACUCAUACACUCCAAUUGAUGAUUUUGAGAAACGAGUGACUCCGUCGUUUGUUCGUAAAGUCCAGGCUAUGCUAAGCAAUCGUGAGGAUGCUCCACAGCUGAUGCUGGAUACCAAAUAUCUCUUUCAAGUGACGUUUCCUUUCACCCCCUCUCCACAUGCCUUGGAAAUGAUACAAGUCCCCAGCAGCUUCAAACUUGGCUUUCUCACAAGGGUUUAAUAAAACCAACACAUUGGUAUUUCCCCAGAGACUAUAUAGAGACAGGCAGGUGUUCAUGGUUCAUUUCUCCAGCUGGUGGAUACUGUGGCAGCUUGCAGUGAAUUAAACUGUUAUUUUUUUUUUUCUUGAAUCAAUACUUAAAAGUAGGAAUAAAUUCAGCUUGUGAUUUCAUUGUA